AUGCCAGGGCCGGGAUCCAGGGAGAGGAAAGGAGGUUCCCGAGCAGUACUCGUUCCGGCCCCCUGCGGCUGCGGCACCCUCCCCAUCCUGGGCACUAACGUUCCGGCCCCCUGCAGCUGCGGCACCCUCCCCAUCCUGGGCACGAACGGAGCUCCUGCUGUCUGGCAGCAGCUGCUCUGCAGCUCUGCAGGCCACAACUACCCCAAUCUGCCCAAGCUGGGACUGGAGGCCAAUGCCAUGGCCCGAGGGCACAGCUCCUGGCCUUAUAGCCAGUGUCCUUAUAGCCACUGCCCAUUCAUUCCCAGCUCAGCCAUCCUGAUGUACCUGAGCUGUAAGUACCAGACAGUGGACCACUGCUCUGACCUUCAGGCUCGUGCCCGUGUUCAUGAGUAUCUGGGCUGGCAUGCCAACUGCAUCCGCGGCACCUUUGGUGUACUCCUGUGGACCCGGGUGCUGGGGCCAUUCACUGGGGUCCAGGUGCCCAAGGAGAAGGUGAAACGCAACAGGACUGCCAUGGAUUAUGCACUGCAGUGGAUAGAGGACAAGUCUGGGGACAGGGCCUUCCUUGCUGGCCAGCAGGUGAUGCUGGCUGAUCUCAUGGCGCUGGAGGAGCUGAUGCAGGGAUCCCACCCCGGCUGCUCUGGGGCCCUAAGGAUGACCACACUGCCUGGGCCCCUGUGGUCCAUUCACAUGGGGGCUGGGGACUGGAGCAUCCUGGAAAAGGAGGCCAAAAAAACCCUCCCAACACCCCCAUCAGAGGCCUAUCCGACUAUGCUGCUUCAAAUUGCCAGGAUUCCCUGAAGGGUCUGGGAUAGGGGCCAGGAUCUCAGCACUGGGGAUCAAUUCUGUUUCUUACUUGCCUCUUUUUAUCUUUCCAUCUUGCGUCAGUUCCUUGUCUCCAGCUUCCGGUGAAGCUCUGCAUAGGCAGGACACUCAGUGUCCUUGGCAGUGCUGCUACUCCUCAAAUGCAGCAUACGUAACCAAUAGGAGACUAAAUCUGCAAUAUAUAAAGAGCUCCUACAAAUCAACAACAUGAAGAAAGCAAUCAAAAAUUGGCAAAUGUCAUCAGUGUUUUAAAUAAAAUAAAGAUUCCAAACACUUUGAAUAGGG